AUGUCUUUACCACAUCAAUAUGGCCCAGGGCGGCCGCAGCUAGAAGUGGAUACCGAUGAGCCGUCGAGCCCAAAAGAUCCCUUUUUCAUCAUGCUCCGACAAUUUGUUCCGGCGACUCCAGAAACGGAAAAUGACCACAACUGGUCUAAAUGCCCUUUAAACGCAGCCAGUGAGACUCCUGCUUCGAAAAACAUUGAGAUUGCAUUUGCAUUUCCGUUUACGGCUGCAUGA